AUGUUCUACAGCUCUACCAUAAUUGAGUUAUGGUUGCGAACUGACGAUAGAUAUUUGAAAUUUUUCUACCAACAAGAAGCAGAUGGUUGCCUGAUGUUGGAGGAGAGAAGGUUGGAACCUCCUGAUAGGAAAAUAAUGGUACAAUCGAAGAAUUUUGUGGAAGUGUUCCUCGGAGAUUUUCAAAACCUUAUGGAUCAUCAAAAAUCCACACUAGAAGAUCUAUGGAUUUAUAUUCAAGAUCAAUUUGGACGACAAGAAUUAGAUGAGAUGGCAGAUAAAUGGAUGAAAGGAAUACAAUCAGUUUUGAAAUCAAGACCAAGAAUCCUUAGAGUUGAAAACUUGCAAAUGCUCAUUCUGAGCCAGAAUGAUGUUCUGAGAGUUCUCCCUCACCUCCAUCCGAUGUUUUUGAGACGAAUUUGGCUGAACCAUACAGUUGAUUGGCCUCAACGUAUUUUGGCUAUCGAUAAAGUUGUAGAGUUGGAACAGUGGAAACAUUCAUACGAGCUUGGAAUAUACCGGUGUGAAGUUAUUGAAUCGAUUCGAAGUUUUACUCAUUUUUCGAAAGUUGAAUUGGUAUUGAAAGAAUGUUGCCUCGAGAUGCUUUACGAUCUAAAGAAGGUGAGUUUUUGA